AUGUCUUCUCCCAAGGUCUGGCUCAUCACGGGAGCCUCGCGCGGCUUGGGGUUCGAACUUGCCAAGGCCGCUGCGAAAGCAGGACAUGUUGUCGUCGCAGGCCGACGCAGUUCCAAGCCGACUCCCCAAAGUGCUGAAAUUGAAACUCUCGGCGGCACGUGGGUCGAGCUCGACAUGGCGGCUAAAGACAUUGAGCCCACCAUAGCGGCUAUCAAAGACCGCCACGGGAAGAUAGACGUGGUUAUCAACAAUGCUGGAUACGGCCUUGGCGGGACUGCCGAGGAUAUGAGCAUCGAGGCAAUCCGAGACGUAUUUGAGGUCAACGUUUUCGGCCUUAUUCAAGUCUGCCGCGCCAUGGUUCCUCUUAUGCGUAGCCAGGGCGGCGGCACGAUUGUCAAUGUUAGCAGCGUGGACGGAAUCAUAAGUCCUCCAGGCAUAUCUGCAUAUUCCGCCACUAAGCAUGCUCUUGAGGGUUUCACCGAGGGCUUUGCCCCGGAGGUUGAGCCCUUCAACAUCCGAACAUUGAUUGUCGAGCCUGGUACUAUGAGGACUGAGUUCGUGGAGCCGACGGGAUCGGCAGUGAAUGUCCCUAUAAGCGAGCCAUACAAGGGCACGGUAGCGGAUAAGAUUCUUCAGUACGUGGUGGACGAUAACCGGGUUCAGCAGCAGGGUGCCAGCCCUCAGCUUACGGCAGCUCGUAUUGUCGAGGCAGUUGAUCGGACUGGUAUGUUUGCGGAGCGGGAGAUUGGCUUGAGGCUUCCGCUAGGGAAAGACACCCAGAACAUCCUGGAGUGGGGGAAGAAUCUGGUCAAGGAGAUCGAAGGCUUGCAGGAUGUAGCUUUGAGUGUUCACAACCAGUGA